CGCAAAGGAGAGAGCACAAACAAAUCCAUCAUUCCCUUUCUCUUUUUCAUCACCAAUCACACCCCCUUUCCCUCCGUCACUAUGCUUCGCCUGUCUGCCCACUCGACUCGCAAGGCUGUUCAGCGUCUUGCUGUUCAGGCUCGCUACCAAUCUACCAGCGCAAAUGCUACCACCAGCAUGAACGCCAAAAAUAUCUCUAUGGCUGCUGCUGGUGUCGCCACCGUCGGCGCUCUUGCUUACCUCUCCAUGGAAUCAGUUGAUGCCAACAUGCUUGCUGAUGGUCUUCAUCCCCCAGCACUUCCUUGGGAGCACAAGAAGAACCUUUCUACCUUUGAUCAUGCUGCUAUUCGACGUGGUUAUCAGGUUUAUAAGGAGGUUUGCGCUGCUUGCCAUUCUCUUGACCGUAUUGCCUGGCGCAACUUGGUUGGCGUCUCGCACACUGAGGCUGAGGUCAAGGCCAUGGCUGAGGAGAACGAGUACACUGAUGGCCCCAACGAUGUUGGAGAUAUGUUCCAGCGCCCCGGAAAGCUUUCGGAUUAUAUGCCCCGCCCCUACGCCAAUGAGGAACAGGCUCGCGCUGGUAACGCUGGUGCUCUCCCCCCAGAUCUUUCGUUGAUGAUCAAGGCUCGUCACGGUGGCGCUGACUACGUCUACUCCCUGUUGACCGGUUACCAGGAUCCUCCAGCUGGUAUUGAAAUCCGUGAGGGCCUGAACUUCAAUCCUUACUUCCCUGGUGGAGCCAUUGGUAUGGCUCGUGUGUUGUACGAUGGGCUUGUCGAGUACGAGGACGGCACACCCGCCACUACCUCACAGAUGGCUAAGGAUGUCACUAUUUUCCUCAGCUGGGCUGCUGAGCCUGAGAUGGAUGAGCGUAAGAAGAUGGGCAUGAAGGCAUUGACCCUCCUGACCAUCUUAACAGGUCUCUCAAUCUACCUUAAGAGGCACAAAUGGGCUGCACUCAAGACCCGCAAGAUUUUGUACAAUCCUCCUACACCAAAGAAGCACUAAACUAUGAUCCCUUCUAUUUUUGACGAUGUCCAUGCCCUAGAAUUAUAAUCACCAACCUUUUUCCUCUCAUA